AGGCAAAGAGAGCCAUCGACCUCCUCCCAUCUCUCUCUCUCUCUCAAUCAUAAAUGCAUAAUGCUACUAGCUUUCCUUCACUGUCGAUCCUUUCUACUUCCCUUUGCCAUGACGAUAAGAGCUUGACCGGUGUUAUGUUUCUCUAUAACGUCUCAAAUUUUCUGAGUCUCUUCUUCCUCUUUCUCCAUUCCUCUUCACUCCUCCUCGUCAAGCUCCUCACCUUUCUCCAUCACAAGGCACUCUCUAAACGGGGUCUUGACGACCACGACAACGUCUCCCAUCAAGAGCAAAAGUUUGAGCCUGUAACCUCCGGUGAUCUUUAUACAAAAGAAGACUUGGUCGCCGACGUUCUCGGAGGUGAAACCCUACUUUUUUUGCGCGAAGAAAGUGCGAAAGGCGAUACCCUUCGUCUCGACCAAGUUGAAGAUUCUAAAGACGUGGUUUUCUUGGACGAAGAGGAUAGUACCAUAAUCUCGGAGGAAUCAACAUAUUAUUCCCCUCAAGAGGAUCUCGCGCAGGAUCAACGGCUUUCUUUAGAGCAUGACGAAGUUGUUACGGUGACCAAUGUGUUACCCUCUUCGGAUUCUGAAGAUUUUACUUUGGAGGAGAAUGUUCAUCCGAUUAUCGAAGAAAAGAAGGAUUCCUCAGAGGAUGAGAGACCGAUAAGUCUCAAAACGUUUCAUCCUCGAAGCGAAAAGUUUCACCUUGAGGAUGUUCCUGAAGGGAGAGAGAGCUACUACGGCGAGUCCCUCACUGGCGAAUCGACCUCCAAGAGCUCCACCGAAUGGCGAAGCUCCACAAUAUUUAGAGACUCAGAGACCGAGUACCCUUUUUCUUCUUCGUCUCGGAGGAGCUCAUCUCGAUGGGAAUCAUAUACAGUAUUCCCCAAGUACAAUGAGGGAAUGGUGUUCUUGGAUCGAAUAUCUGCGCAAAAACUAUCUGAAACAGAGUCGCUUAGGUCUAUUAAAGUUCAUCCGAGGUCGAUAUCAGAAAGGAUAUGCCACAAAUUAUCGACCAAACCAAAAAGUUAUGCAAUGGGGAGGAGAGACCCAUAUCAAGAACUUGAGAGUGCAUAUGCUGCUCAAAUUUGCUUGGCAUGGGAAGCUCUCAGUUGGAAUUACGAAAAUUUUCGACAGAAAAACUCGAAAAAUAUCGAUGAGGGUUUGGGAUGUCCGGCUAGAAUUGCGCAAGAAUUUCAACAAUUUCAGGUUUUGUUGCAGAGAUUUAUAGAGAACGAGCCUUAUGAGUUUGGUAAAAGGCCUGAGGUUUACGCUAGGAGGAGGAUGUCAUCUCCUAAACUGUUGCAUGUUCCUGAAUUCAGAGAUUCGGAAGGUGAUGAAGGAAAGGACUCAAAUGAAAGUUCAAAUAUUUCUUCUGUUGAGUUCCUUGUGCUACUAGAAGAAUGUAUUCGAACAUUCAUGAAAUUUCUCAAGGCCGAUAAAGAGAAAUGUGGAGACAAAAUCAAAUCCUUCAUCAAGAGGAAGUCCAUCUCUGUUGAUCCAAUAUUUCUUCGGUUUCUCAAGAAAUCCAACAGAAGAAAGAAAAUGAAGAUCAUCGAUAUCGGUAGGCGAAGGAAAUGCAUAAGGAGGAGGAAGUUAGCAGAGGAGGAGGAGAUGAAGAUACUAAUGGGUUUGAUAGACCUGAAGAUUGUUUCUAGGGUUUUAAGAAUGGACGGUAUAAGCAAUGAACAAUUACAUUGGUGUGAGGAGAAGAUGAGUAGAGUUAGAGUAGGGGAUGGGAAAAUGCAAAGAGAUUCUUCACCACUUUUUUUCCCUGUACAUUAAGAUAUGUUAUUAACUUAUUAUCAAGUAAACUUUAUUGCAGGCUGCUUGAUGACUAGAUAAAGUGCGUGGAAUAUGGGAAUAUGCACGCGAUCUUAUCUCCCUUUGUAAUGUAAAUAUAUAUACACACGCAAAAGAUAUGUGAUAAAUUUAGUUUACA